CUUGGGGUCAUAGCCGCCUAGGCCAAACCAAGAAAAAAAAAAUAAAAAUACCCAAAAAGCCUGCUAUGAUGGUCAUAUCACAUGUUUCGUAUUCAUUCAUCAAAAUGGCUUAGGAAAGCAUCCAAACCCUAGGCUUUUAUUCAUUGUGAAUCGCAAUUAAUUCACAGCGAUUCUUACCUCAAGGCGACGAGAUCUCUGCAGAUCUGUUUGGAGAAGGCCAUUCCUUUGCAGAUUAAAUGUUGUUUGUUGCUAUUGAAGUUGAUUUUGGAGUUGAACUUUGUCACGCUUGUUUGAUGUAUGAUGACUAUUCUGAUGGCUAACACAUCGGAUGUUUCAUCGAGGGAGCGUGUUCAACGUCUUUACAACAAGAAUGUUGAGUUGGAGAAUAGGCGUGGAAAAACAGCACAGGCUAGAAUUCCCUCGGAUCCGAAUGCAUGGCAACGGAUGCGGGAAAACUAUGAAGCUAUUGUCCUUGAAGAUCAUGCUUUCUCAGAACAGCACGAAAUAGAGUAUGCUUUAUGGCAAUUGCAUUACAAACGAAUCGAGGAACUGCGUGCACAGCUUAGUGCUGCUAUAGCAUCAUCAGGAUCAAGCACAUAUCAGAAUGGAAAAGCUCCUACGCGAUCUGGACCUGUUCCAAUCACAAAAAUACGUUCUCAGUUUAAGACCUUUCUUUCAGAAGCAACUGGGUUUUAUCAUGAUUUGAUGGUGAAAAUAAGAGGAAAGUAUGGUUUGCCACUGAGUUAUUUCUCAGAUGGUCUGGAGAAUCAUAUUGUUUCGUUUAAAGAUGGAAAUAAAUCUGCCGAGGUCAAGAAAGGCUUGAUGUCGUGUCACCGUUGUUUGAUUUACUUAGGGGACCUUGCUCGUUAUAAAGGGUUAUAUGGGGAGGGUGAAUCCAAAGCUCGGGAUUUUGCUGCUGCAUCAAGUUACUAUGUGCAGGCUUCUUCACUUUGGCCUUCAAGUGGCAAUCCUCAUCAUCAGCUUGCCAUACUUGCAUCCUAUUCGGGAGAUGAGCUGGUGGCAGCUUACCGUUAUUUUCGAAGUCUGGCUGUUGAUAACCCGUUUACUACUGCAAGGGAUAACUUGAUCAUUGCAUUUGAAAAGAACCGUCAGAGUUAUUCUCAGCUACUUGGAGAUUCCAAAACUUCUUCGGUCAAGGCUGAACGUGUGCGGAUAACAUCGGAAGGAAGAGGAAAGGGUGAAACAAGGCCAAGUCUUGUCAAGGAAAAACCAUCCAGUAUGCUAGACACUUUCAAAGCCUUUAGCAUUCGAUUUGUUCGCCUAAAUGGCAUUCUUUUCACACGCACAAGUAUGGAGACGUUUGGGGAAGUUUUUUCUUUGUCUAAAAGUGAUCUGCUUGAGCUUCUUUCAUCUGGUCCAGACGAGGAGUACAAUUUUGGUUCAGAUGCUGCUGAUUGUGGGCUUGUGAUUAUUAGGCUAAUUGCCAUUCUCAUAUUCACUGUUCACAAUGUGAAUAGAGAAACUGAAAAUCAGUCAUAUGCUGAAAUUUUACAACGUUCAGUCCUGCUUCAGAAUGCUUUUACUGCUAUUUUUGAGUUUAUGGGCCACAUUGUUGAGAGGUGUAUCCAGUUGAAUGAUCCUUCAACAAGCUAUUUGUUGCCUGGUAUUAUGGUUUUCUUGGAGUGGUUAGCCUGUCGUCCAGAUAUUGCAGUUAGCAGUGAUGUGGAGGAGAAACAAGCUAGUGCUAGAUCAUUUUUUUGGACACAUUGCAUUUCCUUUUUGAACAAACUCUUGUCAAGUGGGUUCAUGUCUAUUAAUGAGGAUGAAGAUGAGACAUGUUUUUUCAAUAUGAGCAGGUAUGAUGAAUGUGAAACUGCCAAUCGGCUUGCAUUGUCUGAGGACUUUGAAUUGAGAGGAUUCCUGCCCCUUCUUCCUGCACAACUCAUUCUUGAUUUUUCGAGGAAACAUUCUCUCGGAAGUGAUGGUAGUAAAAAGGAGAAGAAAUAUCGUUUUCAGAGGAUUAUAGCGGCCGGAAAGGCUCUUGCUAAUGUAGUUCGGGUUGGGCAACAGGGAGUCUUUUUUGAUCUUAAGUUGAAAAGGUUUGCUAUCGGUGUUGAGCCUCUAAUAUCUGAUGACUAUUUACUCUCUGGUACUCUGGAAAUCCCCACAAUGAAUGGUGUUGGGCAAGAAAAUCUUGUAGGGAGUCAAAAGACUCUUGGAGUCUUUCAACCUAAGGCCCAAUUGUGCAUAGAAGGAGAAGAAGAGGAUGAGGAAAUUGUCUUCAAGCCAUCUUUGACUGAAAAGCAUGCCUAUGAGAUUGCUUCAAAGCUGACUUCUUCUGAGGUCCCUGGCUCCGGGGUUGAUGUCUCCAAGGUUGAUACGGGAAAUCAGUUGGGAUCUGUUUCAGCUCCACAUGAUGGUUUCCUUUUGCAGAAUGCGUUAAACACAUGUUCAAGGCUACCUACACCUCUUGCUAGCAUUACUGCCCAGUAUCUAAAACCAAUCCAACCAAGUACGUCAAAGUGGCAGGCGGAACAAGAAGGAAUUUUUGUGAAUGCAUUGACUAAUUUGAGUUUGCUCGGCAAUGGGCUUCCUGUGAAACCUGAGUUGCAAGAUCAUAUAGGAGUUUUGCAGCCUGCCACUGUUUCUGCUCCCUUACCGCAGACUGUUGAUCUUGGUACUGGCAGAAAAUAUCCUGUUCAGGUUCCGGAAAUUGUUAUACCUUCCAAAUACGAUUCAUUUAUGUCUUUAGGAGCCGGUGUUGAUAGCCAAUCCAUGAAGCUGUCAUCAGUCAUGCCAACAGGUUUGAGAAAGAAUCCAGUGAGCCGACCUGGUAGGCACAUUGGUCCCCCACCUGGAUUUGGCUCAGUUCCUCCCAAACUUGUGGACGAAUCCUUGUCUGGUAUAUCAUUGAAGAAUGAGAAUCGGCCAAUGGAUGAUUAUAGCUGGCUAGAUGGAUAUCGGUUUCCAUCAUCCACACAAGGCAUUGGGGUCAACAAUUCCAUUAAUCACUCAGCACAGGCAUACCACCCUCCUGGAAAGAGUAACAGCUCAAUGGGGAUGGUUAGCUUUCCUUUUCCUGGAAAACAAGUUUCAUCACUGCCUGUCCAACGGGAAAAUCAAAAAGGCUGGCAGGACUUUCAGUUACCUGAGCAUCUGAAACAAUAUCAGGAGCAGCAGCAGCAACUUCAGAAAGGAAAUCAACAACCUGUUGCACUGCCUGAGCAGCAGUAUCAAGGACAGUCUCUCUGGGAUGGCCGUUUCUUUGUGUGAGAUGAUUUUGGGAGCACAGAAGGUUAACAAUCUACCAUGGCGAAUGACCAGUGGCAUGGUGCUACCAGUUCAGCCAUCGCCUUUGCAGUGUGGCCAAUGUUAUUAAGUUUUUGUUGGAGAAUGGAUGGUCUAGGAGUGUCGCGGGCACCUGCUGUUGGACAGCUUGUGCCCAGCUUUUCAGGCCGGAAGGAUGGAGAUCACGAGGUCAAUAGGUGUCCGAAACGGGAAUUUUCUGAGGGUAAGUGAUUUGUCUGGUUGGAUGGGUUGGACAUAUUGUGUAUGGAGGAGAUAUCUUGAAUGAUGAUGGGCGAAUAUUUGGAGUUGGGUGGAAUUAAUGAAGAGUAGUAGCUAUUCUACUUUAUUGAUAUAAAAUCCCUUUCAGAAGGGAUUGUAGUACCAUGAUCAGUGGUUUCUGGCAGUCAGAAUGUUUAAGGUAAGGUAUGCUGGCAGUUUCUCUCAGCUGCCUUGAAGAUCCUGGAAAUUGAACUUGGUAAUAUAUAGGAAAAAUGUUGGGCUGUUUUUGUGGUUGGAAUGUAGAAUGUUAGAUGGAAAUAAGUAUGUGUCUAUAGUCACAUUUGAGUAAAUUUUUUUAUUUUAAAGUUCGUCACUUUAUGGUUUUUAGUCCAGUAUUAAUGACACUUGUGCUGUUAUAUAUUCCAAUUGACGUGCAAAGGUUUUCUUGUGUGAUUAA